UGAGUCAAGUUCACAGAAAAAAACUGAUGCAGUUGGAUCCAACAAGAAUAAAAUGACAUUAAACCUCACCUCACAUAGUCAAUGAAAAGUCAGUAAAUAACCUUAAUGUAUUAUCACAAACAUUACACACAAAAAAAAUGUAUAUAUGUAUAUAUUAAAUGACUUAAUCUUCUUAUGAAAUACUAAUCAGUUUCCUUUCAUUGUCCUUACAGGUCAAAGAUCAGCUGCCACAUUUGAAGGCUAUUGUUCAGUACAAAGGUGAACUGGAGCAGAAAGUACCAAACGUUUAUACGUGGGCUGAAUUUAUGAAGCUAGGAGCGGACGUCCCUGAUUCUGAGCUGGAUGUGUUGAUAGACAGUCAAAAGGCCAACGAGUGCUGCACAUUAAUCUACACAUCAGGCACCACAGGAAAUCCCAAAGGGGUCAUGCUCAGCCACGAUAAUAUCACUUGGACAGCCGGUGUUGGAGGACGCAUGCUCAAUCUGAAGAUGGCUGAGGAACAACUUGUGAGCUACUUGCCCUUGAGUCACGUGGCAGCCCAGAUCAUAGACAUUUGGCUCUGCAUGAUGUUUGCAGGCGUAACCAGUUUCGCCGAGCCAGAUGCUCUGAAGGGCUCUCUGGCCAACACUCUGAGAGAGGUUCGUCCCACAAGCUUUUUGGGAGUUCCUCGAGUGUGGGAAAAAAUGCAGGAAGCAAUGAAAGCCGUUGGUGCGAAGUCGUCCAUCGCAAAGAGGAAAAUUGCAGACUGGGCCAAGGGGAUCGGACUUCAAGCUAGCUAUAAUGCCAUGAAUGGUGAUUCCUCAGUGCCGUGGGGCUUCACGUUGGCCAAUGCCCUGGUUUUCAAGAACGUCAGAAAAGCUCUGGGUCUUGACCGCUGUAAGGCUUGUUUCACAGGCGCAGCUCCGAUCACCAAAGACACACUGGAGUACUUCAUGAGCCUUUACAUACCUCUCUUUGAGUUGUACGGCAUGAGCGAGAGCACUGGACCUCAUACCAUCUCCUGGGCUGGGGGAUAUCGCAUUAUGAGUUGUGGUAAGGUGUUGUCUGGCUGCAAAACUAAGUUAGACAAGCCAGAAACUGAUGGGACCGGUGAGAUCUGUUUCUGGGGGAGACAUGUGUUUAUGGGAUACCUGAACAUGCCAGAAAAGACAGAGGAGGCAUUGGAUACAGAUGGGUGGCUUCACUCGGGAGACCUGGGCAAACAUGAUAAAGAUGACUUCCUGUUCAUCACUGGCAGAAUAAAAGAAUUGAUCAUUACUGCUGGUGGAGAAAAUAUUCCACCUGUCCCUAUUGAGGAUGCAUUAAAAGAAGAGGUGUCAAUCAUCAGCAAUGUCAUGCUGGUUGGAGAUAAAAAGAAGUUUCUGUCUAUGCUACUUACACUCAAGUGUAACGUUGAUGACAAUGGAGACCCCACAGAUGAACUGACCCCGUUAGCUGUGGAGUUUUGUCGGCGGCAUGGUGUAAUUGCCAGCAAAGUCUCAGAAAUCAUUAACAAAAAAGAACCAGCCAUUUACAAAGCCAUCCAGGAGGGCAUAGACUGCAUAAAUGCCAAAGCUACUUCCAAUGCCCAGAGAGUCCAAAAGUGGACCAUCCUUCAACGAGACUUCUCCAUAUCCGGUGGAGAACUUGGUCCAACCAUGAAGCUCAAAAGACCUGUCGUCAGUAAAAUGUACGAAGAAGAUAUAAACAAAUUUUAUGGUGAAUAACAGAAGAACUCCAAUAUUUGAUCAGUAAUCUAUUUCGCUCACUCCAGGGCUUCCAUUGGACCUCACUAUUAUAACACUUUACUUAUUAUUUUACACAAACUUUGCAUCAUUUUCUACCAAUAGAUUUAUUACCUUUGCUGCCAUUUUAUAUUAAGUGGUCUUAAAUACUAUAUAUACUUACAUCAAUAUAUAAGUCCAGUGUACUUAUUGUGUUCAUAUUGUAUUGCAAAACACUUCUGCUGCUAUUGAGAAGGUUAGAGACAGAGUGGUAGUAUGGGUAAGUUUAAGGGUGGGUUAAGGUAUAAGGGAAGGGUAAACAAGUGUAAUUAUCAGUGUAAUUAAAGAAACUAAUUACAGAUGUAAUUAAUGUACACAAUAAAUGCAUUGUACCAACUUAUUAAUUUAUUAAAUGUAAGCACAUAGUGGUUAAGGCCACCUAAUAUAAAACAUAUCUUUAUCUUUUACAAAGUGCCAAUUAAUCAGUUUUAUAUCUCUCUGUUUGCCAUUAUAUCUGGUUCUGUAUAUUCUGUACAAUAUAUGAAAAUGAAGUUUAUUGUAUGUAAGUGGUAUCACUGUGCAAUUACUGUGCAUAUUACUGUUAAGAAGUAAAUGUGUCUAAAUAUAAAUAGGCUUAGAUUGAGUGUGAUGCUGUCUGUACAGAUCAGUGCUGUUGCUUGCACACAGAGUAUUGUUGGUCCUUUAAACAGUUACAGCCGAACUGUUAAGAAGCAUGUGACAAUUGUUCGUUCUCUUGCUGUUGAAAUUUCACCCAGCACAUUGAAUAUUUAUAA